AUGUUUCCUCAACGCCAGAUCUUCCGCGCCGUCCCCCGGCUGAUGCGCAGCCCCGUCGUCCAGCGCCGCUUUGCCUCGACCGAGAACCAGUUCAUCAAGGAGCGCGAGGCCGUCAAGGAGCACGCUGCCGCCACCACUGAGCUCUGGCGCAAGAUCUCCAUCUAUGCCGUCGUCCCUGCCCUGAUCCUCGCCGGCGCCAACGCCUACAACCUCUGGUCGGAGCACUGGGAGCACUGGUCGCACAUGCCCCCGCUGGAGGACCGCGUCGAGUACCCCUACCAGAACAUUCGCACCAAGAACUACCCCUGGGGUAACGGCGACAAGACCCUGUUCUGGAACGACAGCGUCAACUACCACAACAAGGACAAGGCCACCUAA